AAGGGGUCAUGGUGAUUGGCAUUCGGCUGCUGAUGACAACACUUUUUUGUGGAGCAGUCAUGUCAGCUCCAGUACCUCCACACCAGUCCACAGGCUCUGUGACCCCAGAGGACCUGGUGGAGGUGCCGUUGGGCCAGUCUGACAGCUCUGUGACCCCAGAGGACCUGGUGGAGGUGCCGUUGGGCCAGUCUACAGUGUUGUCCUGCCAGCUACAUCUGCCUCCAGGCUCUCUGGCGGAGAGCUGCAUCUUAGUGCAAACCAAAGACACUCGGGAGAAGGAGCCAUCUUCUUUGUUCGUAACCGGCCCGGAGAAGGAAGUGGAAGUGCUCGAGCAGGUGCUCCUCUACUUGAGGAAAGGUCAGGAGAAGCCCGAGUUUCAGUCCCCGCUGUACCGAAACCGGACCAGCCGCUGGGAUGGGGGAGACGUCAGCGUGCAGCUAUGGAACGUGUCUGUGAGAGACAACAACACCGUCUUUCAGUGUUUUGUGACUCCUGGCUGCCAGGAAUAUGUGCUCAAGAGAGAGAUUACACUACGGACAGUGGAGAGGACAGAUGGUGUGAAUCAGAACCCUACUGUGACCGUGACUGCAGGUGUGAAUCAGAACUUUACUGUGACUGCUGUGGUUGUACCUGUGCUGCUGCUGCUGCUGCUGGGUGCCACUGCGUUUCGUUGUGUCUGCACCAGAAUAAAGCGUGAGUACCUCUGUUCUAAUCACUGCACUACAAGUUGUUGA